UUCCUAUUCCCCCACAAUAAACCAACAUGUGAGAGUUAUCUGAUGUGAAACAAGCUAUAGUGUGUGAAAAUGGACGAAGAACAAACGGUAGGUUGUACAAGUAUAACUUAUUAUAGUUUUUCGCUAAUUUUAACUUUUAUACCUGCCAGAUUUAUCUGAAAAACAUUAACUUGUUGUGACGUUAGUGGCUAUCUAACCUAGUCAGAUUUAUCUGAAAACCAUUAUCUUGUUGGAACGUUAGUGGCUAUCUAACCUGGACAAAGGUAACUUUUUUAGCCACUAGCUCAGUUGGGAUUGAAAAUGUUCAUUAGAGCGUGCAAGAUCUUUCGAUCUGUCUUUUGCCCAUGUAUUAGCAGGUAAGGUAAAACAUUUAAGAACUCCUUAAUGGAAGAUUUUACCAUAGGCGCAUAGCAGUUAUAAUAGUUCAAAAUAUGUUGACGGUAAGAACUGUAUCAACGAUUUUUAUAACUAACCAAAGAUAGACCGCGGUCUGUCUUCUUCUUCGAGUUUGUAUUCGCGGAUCGCAAACAACUGACAGGUGCAUAGACUGCCACCAACUGUACUGGAAUGUGAGGCCGGUCACGACCUGUCUAUACCACAAACUAUUUUCUCUUAACUACAGUACCAGUCAAAGGUUUGGACACACCUACGCAUUCCAGGGGUUUUCUUUAUUUUUACUAUUUUCUACAUUGUAUAAUAAUAGUGAAGACAUCAAAACUAUGAAAUAACACAUAUGGAAUCAUGUAGUAACUAAAAAUGUGAUAAACAAAUCAAAAUAUAUUUAAUAUUCUUCAAAGUAGCCACCCUUUGCCUUGAUGACAGCGUUGCGCACUCUUGGCAUUCUCUCAGCCAGCUUCAUGAGGUAGUCACCUGGAAUACAUUUCAAUUAACAGGUGUGCCUUGUUAAAAGUUAAUUUGUGGAAUUUCUUUCCUUCUUAAUGUGUUUGAGCCAAUCAGUUGUGUUGUGACAAGGUAGAGGGGGUAUAUAGAAGAUAGCCCUAUUUGGUAAAAUACCAAGUCCAUAUUAUGGCAAGAACAGCUCAAAUAAGCAAAGAGAAAUGACAGUCCAUCAUUACUUUAAGACAUGAAGGUCAGUCAAUCUGGAAAACUUCAAAAACUUUGAACGUUUCUUCAAGUGCAGUCACAAAAACCAUCAAGCGCUAUGAUGAAACUGGCUCUCAUGAGGACUGCCACAGGAAAGGAAGACCCAGAGUUACCUCUGCUGCAGAGGAUAAGUUCAUUAGAGUUACCAGCCUCAGAAAUUGCAGCCCAAGUAAAUGCUUCAGAGUUCAAGUGACAGACACAUCUCAUAAUCAACUGUUCAGAGGAGACUGCGUGAAUCAGGCCUUCAUGGUAGAAUUUCUGCAAAGAAACCACUACUAAAGGACACCAAUAAUAAGAAGAGACUUGCUUGGGCCAAGAAACACGAGCAAUGGACAUUAGACCGGUGGAAAUCUGUCCUUUGGUCUGAUGAGUCCAAAUGUGAGAUUUUUGGUUCCAACCGCUGUGUCUUUGUGAGACGCAGAGUAGGUGAACGGAUGAUCUCCGCAUGUGUGGUUCCCACCGUGAAGCAUGGAGGAGGAGGUGUGAUGGUGUGGGGGUGCUUUGCUGGUGACACUGUCAGUGAUUUAUUUAGAAUUCAAGGCACACUUAACCAGCAUGGCUAUCACAGCAUUCUGCAGUGAUACGCCAUCCCAUCUGGUUUGUCCUUAGUGGGACUAUCAUUUGUUUUUCAACAGGACAAUGACCCAAAAACACACCUCCAGGCUGUAUGAGGGCUAUUUGACCAAGGAGAGUGAUGGAGUGCUGCAUCAGUUGACCUGGCCUCCACAAUCACCCGACCUCAACCCAAUUGAGAUGGUUUGGAAUGAGUUGGACCGCAGAGUGAAGGAAAAGCAGCCAACAAGUGCUCAGCAUAUGUGGGAACUCCUUCAAGACUGUUGGAAAAGCAUUCCUCAUGAAGCUGGUUGAGAGAAUGCCAAGAGUGUGCAAAGCUGUCAUCAAGGCAAAGGGUGGCUACUUUGAAGAAUCUAAAAUAUAUUUUUUGAUUUGUUUAACACUUUUUUGGUUACUACAUGAUUCCAUAUGUGUUAUUUCAUAGUUUUGAUGUCUUCUUAUUAUUCUGCAAUGUAGAAAAUAGUAAAAAAUAAAGAAAAACCCUUGAAUGAGUUGGUGUGUCCAAACUUUUGACUGGUACUGUAGCUAACCCUGAAUUUCUAACAACCCCCCUGGGAGGUGGAACCUCUUCAUUCAGUAUUCCCUGUAACAUUUCGGUUGUAAAGUCCUGGAGAUCCAGAACUCUAUUUGCCUCCUUCACAAUGAUGUCUAGCUUCUUAAAAUGUUUUAAUCGUUUGACUAGUACAAUUUAGCACUUGCGCUGUAAACGCAACAAAGUCCACCUUCUUCAUUGUUAGUGUGUUGGGAUCCUUCCCCUGCAUGGCAUUCACUGCAGACUGUGGGACAUCCACUACCAUAUCAUCUCUACUCACUCCUUCAUCUAUUUUCACUGCCUCCACAUAGGAGACCUGCUGGAUAGCCCAGAUCCUAGCUACUGCGACCUCCUUCAUCCUUACAGGGCACUCCGGGAACUCGGGAACGUGAUUCCCAUCACAAUUACAGCAAUAUACUUCAUCUGACUCUUCAACUACGACAUAUUUAUUCCUUCGACAAACACUUGCCACGUGUCCAAACUUUUUACAAUUGUAACACCGCAGUGGCUUCUGUACAUACGGUUUCACCGCAUACCACAGCCUGUCUUUUCCAAUGGGAGCAAAUUAAUCAUAGUGGGCAGAACAAGGAAGGAGGUGGGUAGAGCCAAGCACGAGCUAGCGAGAGCCUAUUGGCGCUUUCUAGCAUGUAUUUGCAUAUUUCCGUUAGGGAACGCCUACUCUCUGAAGUGCGCGUAGUGCAAUUACUCAAUACGCCAUUGCACUCCUUCUAAACAAUGCAAUUUUUGUUAAACUUGGCAAAGGGUAAAGUCUACAAAACAUUGAUCACUCUGUUCGUAACAGAUUCUAGUUUGGGAAACAGAAAACUGUAUUGAGAUUUAAAUGUUUCAUGGAUUAGAACAUUUGUAGAAUGUCGGCCAAAAUCCAUCUCGCUCCAUUUUCUCCCACUGCCGGCCACUUGGCUUCCUCUCACCACCAACUGGUGAAAUAUCUGUCCCAUUGUUCUAUCUGUGACUCUAUGCUCUCGUCAUACUGCAGCAUCCCUGCUUACAGUUCCUGGUCACCUGUGUGCCUAUAGACAUGUGACAGUGACCCAUGACUCUAUAUAUAUAUCUGUAUAUAUGUCUCUGUGUAUGUAAUACAAUGUGUAUGUAAUAUGAUGCAUGAUGUGCCAUAUAAAAUUGGAUUUGAUAUAGGGGGGCUACAGUGAGAUCUGUGGCCAGUGUGGAGAAGUGGACUGGGGGGUGUCGGACGAGGGUCGGUUCUACUGCAGGUCCUGUCAUAAUGUCAUCGAGGUAAGCACUCAUAUUUAACUCAUAUUCAAGAUUGGUUCAUGUUGAAGCAGUCAUGGUCCCAUUCCCCAUUUGGUGCACUACCUUUGACCGUAGCCCUAUGGGCCCUGGUCAAGGUAGUGUACUAGUUAGUAGGGUGCCAUUUGGGAUGUACACAUGGACAACAAUUGUAUUUUUCCUCAACUUCUGUACACAGAGAACAAAAGAAGUGGUGGAUACAAAUACCUUUAUGAUUGGUACCAGCAGAGUGUCCUCCAUCUCCAAGGGAACCAAAAGGAAAAAACUAGGUUGGUCUCCACUCUCGUAUGUCAUUAAUUCCUACAAGCAAAUCAUUUUGAUUGUGUUUUUGUUGGUUGUUGUACAGUUGAAGUCGGAAGUUUAUGUACACUUAGGUUGGAGUUAUUUAAACUCGUUUUUCAACCACUCCACAAAUUUCUUGUUAACAAACUAUAGUUUUGGCAAGUCGGUUAGGACAUCUACUUUGUGCAUGACACAAGUAAUUUUUCCAACAAUUGUUUACAGACAGAUUAUUUCACUUAUAAUUCACUGUAUCACAAUUCCAGUGGGUCAGAAGUUUACAUACACUAAGUUGACUGUGCCUUUAAACAGCUUGGAAAAUUCCAGAAAAUUAUGUCAUGGCUUUAGAAGCUUCUGAUAGGCUAAUUGACAUCAUUUGAGUCAAUUGGAGGUGUACCUGUGGAUGUAUUUCAAGGCCUACCUUCAAACUCAGUGCCUCUUUGCUUGACAUCAUGGGAAAAUCAAAAGAAAUCAGCCAAGACCUCAUAAAAAAAAUUGUAGACCUCCACAAGUCUGGUUCAUCCUUGGGAGCAAUUUCCAAACGACUGAAGGUACCACGUUCAUCUGUACAAACAAUAGUACGCAAGUAUAAACACCAUGGGACCACGCAGCCGUCAUUCCGCUCAGGAAGGAGACGCGUUCUGUCUCCUAGAGAUGAACGUACUUUGGUGCGAAAAGUGCAAAUCAAUCCCAGAACAACAAAGGACCUUGUGAAGAUGCUGGAAGAAACAGGUACAAAAGUAAUCUAUAUCCACAGUAAAACGAGUCCUAUAUCGACAUAACCUGAAAGGCCGCUCAGCAAGGAAGAAGCAACUGUUCCAAAACCGCCAUAAAAAAGCCAGACUACGGUUUGCAACUGCACAUGGGGACACAGAUCGUACUUUUUGGAGAAAUGUCCUCUGGUUUGAUGAAACAAAAAUAGAACUGUUUGGCCAUAAUGACCAUCGUUACGUUUGGAGGAAAAAGGGGGUUGCUUGCAAGCCGAAGAACACCAUCCCAACCGUGAAGCACGGGGUGGCAGCAUCAUGCUGUGGGGGUGCUUUGCUGCAGGAGGGACUGGUGCACUUCACAAAAUAGAUGGCAUCAUGAGGAAGCAAAAUUAUGUGGAUAUAUUGAAGCAACAUCUCAAGACAUCAGUCAGGAAGUUAAAGCUUGGUCGCAAAUGGGUAUUCCAAAUGGACAAUGAUCCCAAGCAUACUUCCAGAGUUGUGGCAAAAUGGCUUGAGGACAACAAAGUCAAGGUAUUGGAGCGGCCAUCACAAAGCCCUGACCUCAAUCCCAUAGAAAAUGUGUGGGCAGAACUGAAAAAGCGUGUGCGAGCAAGGAGGCCUACAAACCUGACUCAGUUACACCAGCUCUGUUAGGAGGAAUGGGCCAAAAUUCACCCAACUUAUUGUGGGAAGCUUGUGGAAGGCUACGCAAAACGUUUGACCCAAGUUAAACAAUUUAAAGGCAAUGCUACCAAAUACUAAUUGAGUGUAUGUAAACUUCUGACCCACUGGGAAUGUGAUGAAAGAAAUAAAAGCUGAAAUAAAUCAUUCUCUCUACUAUUAUUCUGACAUUUCACAUUCUUAAAAUAAAGUGGUGAUCCUAACUGACCUAAGACAGGGAAUUUUUACUAGUUUUAAAUGUCAGGAAUUGUGAAAAACUGAGUUUAAAUGUAUUUGGCUAAGGUGUAUGUAAACUUCUGACUUCAACUGUAUAUAUGCCUGACUUUGUGUGCGUUUCAGAGCAAGGGCGAGAGUGGAUGGUGUGUGAGGGCUUUCAGUUCAUCCUGAAGCAUCAGGCUGAGGCUCUUCUGGCCAUGGGAGUCUGCCCACAGUUCAAGGUCUGUCAGAGGGAACACAGAAGGGCGGUUUCCCGGACACAGAUUAAGCCUAGUAGUCCUGGACUAAAAAGCAUGCUCAAUAGAUCAUCUCCAUUGAAACGUUUAAUCCGUCUCAGAGAAACCGGAAAGGAAAACCAAAUAAUGCUAUUUUACAUCAAUGUAAAGACACUUAACAUGUUCUGUAAAUGUCUUGUAUGGUCUGUGUUUUGUAGGAUGACGUGCUGUGUCAGUUUUGGAGAAUGUACCUACAGAAGAGCCGACAGGCCUACACCAAGAAUCCUGUGCAUGAUGGGAAAUUUAGACUGGUCAGUAUUCUCAUCACUGCAAGCAAAAUAGCACUUUCUGUUGAAGUGACAAACUUUCCCCGUCUAUUUUCGGCCCCUUGUGGCGGACGGUCGAUGAGACAUUCACUCAAUGUGUGCUUUAGAUUGGAUACGUUUAGUUACAUGUUUGCAGCUCUCAGAUGAUAAAAGUACACCUACACAGACCUCACCCUCCUUUGGUUGCGGUAUCAUUUAUUUUGUGUGUUUUUUCUUGUGGCCCUCCCUAGCGUUCUCAGGGCUCUGGGGAGUCAGAAAGUGCUCCAGAGUCGUCAGUGAUGAGUGACUCUAUGAUGUCUGCCAGUGAGACAGACGGGGAUGGAGACUGGGCCAGUGGAGGAGGCUCUGUUUCAGGUACAUUAAACCACACAGGCACGCUGAACAGCCAAUCCCAGCACACUAGCCACACAUAGUCAUUAUAUCUGUGAGUGUGCAUGCAUCUGUGUGUGUGCGGACACAUCUGUGUGUAUGUUCCCCUGUGUGUGUAUGUGUAUGCUAACGUGUGUGUGUGUUUUCCUAUAUGUGUGUGUGCUCCCCAGGUCACACCAGUGACGGAGUCUCCUCAGUGUGUUCCGGUUCUGUUGAUGCGGUCUCGUACCUGACCCCACGCCAGAGAAGGAGCCAGGGGUUGAUGAGCAUGCCCAAGACCCUGGCACUGUGCCACCUGGCCCUGCUGUGGGCCAGAGAGGCCAUCACACUGGCAGAUUUGCUCAGGUCAGGGCCAUGGGGAGAUGGCGGAAACAUGGGUGGAAGAGGAGAUUAAGAAAGUUGGAUUGAAUUUAAUAUAUAAAAACUUUACCAUUUGUGAUCCUGAUCUCCCUUGCAGAAGAGAUUUUAUUUCAUUAAGACUAACCGUGAUUAAAUGUAGGUUAAAGGUUUUUAAAAAACGGGAAGUAAAUCUCAGGUUUCCUGCUUUGUGUCCCUGCCUAUUGAGUCUCUCUCUCUCUCUGUUGGGCAGGUUUGUGAAUGAGGGCCACAUCCCCUAUGUGAACGCCUACGAGGGCUUCCCAGAGGAGAUGAGGCUCUACGGCCGAGACUCACUCAUCUUCAGAGUGGAGGUGAGAGCGUACAUUAGUUGUUGAUUUAUUGGGAAAAAGAUGCACUGAGUGCAACCUAGGGGAGAACACAUUAAAGCGAUUCCACUUUUGUCCAACGUGGUCCCUGAUGGAAUACAGACUAAACAAAAGAAAACAACUGUAAUCGCUCUGCAUCACACAGCAUAGAACAAAUUAAUUACCAAAAAAUUUAAGAGACAGGAAAAUAAAAGUACAGUCAACCUAUCGUGAUCCCGUCAUUUGUCCUCCUGGACUCUAAAUGCAUUAUACAUCAAUAAAUCUACAUCGUUAUCAAUAAAAUUAUAACGCUCAGAUGGCCUUGGGACCAGACCUCUGCCUUCACAUUUCUGAUGUAGCAGAGGCAUAAAUGCCUUUCAGUGACACUAGGAGCUAAUCAACAUUCUCCAUUGAGCUUUAACCUGUCCUUUUAAAAAAACCUGGACUGCGACAGUUUAAUAGGCAUUCCACAACAAAAUCCCAAUGUAGAAGAAUGAGUUCCAUGCCAUACUAUUAACUCUUGGCACACUGGGUCUUGUGUUGUGGCCAUGUUGAGUAUGAACCAUUCGCUAUCUGUGAGCCUAAGUAGUCAGGAGCAGUACCGCUAAUGGUCUUAUAUAUGUGGUUAAGCUUCAUCUAGGCAACAGACCCACUGCUUGGAAUUCAUGUACUCCCAACAUGUGUUCUGGUGGGUACAUUAAGCAGAUAGCGAAUGAUGUGGUUUUGCACAACCUACAUCUUGUUCUGUAGUUUUGUUGUCAGACCACUGUACCACGCUACCCUCAUUGAAACAUGUAUGAAGACAUCAGAAUGUUGGCUCAGGUGCAAGAGAAACUGCUGCUUGUCCCCACACACCAAUACACCUGCUACCCCGCUCUGCAUUUGCAUAUCUUGUCUUGAAAUCUUAUCCCGAUCCUCCAAAGGAAUUAAUUGCAUAGAAGACUAGAUCAAAUAACUGUGUGUGUAUGUGUGUGUGUGUGUGUGUGCGUAUGCGUGUUCCCUAGUCUAUCCCCUCUUAUAGCCACCUGCACAAGGAGGCCCAGACCCUGGCUGUGUUCCUGGAGCUACCCCUCUUCCCCCCCAUCACCCUGGACUGCCUGCUGCACCCCACCCUGCUCACUGUCCGCUACCUUACCGAAGCCAACCUGCCCGGUGGGUCUGCCAAGCCAACAACACACUCUUAACUCUUUUUGUUGUUGUCUGUUGGUUUAUUUGUGUCAGUCACUUUUUAAAGAGGAGACACCAGUACUUGUUUAUACCUGUGUUCCUCUUUUAUAUUUAUUUUUUGGCACUUUACACAACGUGCAACUCAUUCUUAACACAAGUUAUUCCACCUUUACUCCACACACAGAGGCGCAUACAAAGCUCUCCCUCGCCCUCCAUUUGGCAAAUCUGACCAUAACUCUAUCCUCCUGAUUCCUGCUUAUAAGCAAAAACUAAAGCAGGAAGCACCAGUGACUCGGUUAAUAAAAAAGUGGUCAGAUGACGCAGAUGCUAAGCUACAGGACUGUUUUGCUAGCACAGACUGGAACAUGUUCCGGGAUUCUUCAGACAGCAUUGAGGAGUACACCACAUCAGUCACUGGCUUCAUCAAUAAGUGCAUCGAUGAUGUCGUCCCCACAGUGACCGUACGUACAUACCCCAACCAGAAGCCAUGGAUUACAGGAAACAUCCGCACUGAGCUAAAGGGUAGAGCUGCCGCUUUCAAGGAACGGGACUCUAACCCGGACGCUUAUAAGAAAUCCCGCUAUGACCUCCGACGAACCAUCAAACAGGCAAAGAGUCAAUACAGGUCUAAGAUUGAAUCGUACUACACUGGCUCUGACGCUCGUCGGAUGUGGCAGGGCUUGAAAACUAUUACAGACUACAAAGGGAAGCACAGCCGCGAGCUGCCCAGUGACACAAGCCUACCAGACGAGCUAAACCACUUCUAUGCUCGCUUCGAGGCAAGCAACACUGAAGCAUGCAUGAGAGCACCAGCUGUUCCGGAUGACUAUGUGAUCACGCUCUCCGUAGCCGAUGUGAGUAAGACUUUUAAGCAGGUCAACAUUCACAAGGCCGCAGGGCCAGACGGAUUACCAGGACGUGUACUCCGAGCAUGUGCUGACCAACUGGCAAGUGUCUUCACUGACAUUUUCAACAUGUCCCUGACUGAGUCUGUAAUACCAACAUGUUUCAAGCAGACCACCAUAGUCCCCGUGCCCAAGGACUCUAAGAUAACCUGCCUAAAUGACUACCGACCCGUAGCACUGACGUCUGUAGCCAUGAAGUGCUUUGAAAGGCUGGUCAUGGCUCACAUCAACAGCAUUAUCCCAGAAACCCUAGACCCACUUCAAUUUGCAUACCGCCCCAACAGAUCCACAGAUGAUGCAAUCUCUAUCGCACUCCACACUGCCAUUUCCCACCUGGACAAGAGGAACACCUACGUGAGAAUGCUAUUCAUUGACUACAGCUCAGCAUUCAACACCAUAGUGCCCUCUAAGCUCAUCACUAAGCUAAGGAUCCUGGGACUAAACACCUCCCUCUGCAACUGGAUCCUGGACUUCCUGACGGGCCGCCCCCAGGUGGUAAGGGUAGGUAACAACACAUCUGCCACACUGAUCCUCAACACGGGGGCCCCUCAGGGGUGCGUGCUCAGUCCCCUCCUGUACUCUCUGUUCACCCAUGACUGCAUGGCCAGGCACGACUCCAACACCAUCAUUAAGUUUGCCGACGACACAACAGUGGUAGGCCUGAUCACCGACAACGAUGAGACAGCCUAUAGGGAGGAGGUCAGAGAUCUGGCCGUGUGGUGCCAGGACAACAACUUCUCCCUCAACGUGACCAAGACAAAGGAGAUGAUUGUGGACUACAGGAAAAAAAAGAGGACUGAGCACGCCCCCAUUCUCAUCGACGGGGCUGUAGUGGAACAGGUUGAGAGCUUCAAGUUCCUUGGUGUCCACAUCACCAACGAACUAUCAUGGUCCAAACACACCAAGACAGUCGUGAAGAGGGCACGACAAAGCCUAUUCCCCCUCAGGAGACUAAAAAGAUUUGGCAUGGGUCCUCAGAUCCUCUCAAAAUUCUACAGCUGCACCAUCGAGAGCAUCCUGACUGGUUGCAUCACCGCCUGGUAUGGCAACUGCUUGGCCUCCGACCGCAAGGCACUACAGAGGGUAGUGCGUACGGCCCAGUACAUCACUGGGGCAAAGCUUCCUGCCAUCCAGGACCUCUAUACCAGGCGGUGUCAGAGGAAGGCCCUCAAAAUUGUCAAAGACUCCAGCCACCCUAGUCAUAGACUGUUCUCUCUGCUACCGCACGGCAAGCGGUACCGGAGUGCCAAGUCUAGGUCCAAAAGACUUCUCAACAGCUUCUACCCCCAAGCCAUAAGACUCCUGAACAGCUAAUCAUGGCUACCCGGACUAUUUGCACUGCCCCCCCACCCCAUCCUUUUUACGCUGCUGCUACUCUGUUAAGUAUUUAUGCAUAGUCACUUUAACUCUACCCACAUGUACAUAUUACCUCAACUACCUCAACUAGCCGGUGCCCCCGCACAUUGACUCUGCAACGGUACCCCCCUGUUUAUAUAGCCUCCCUACUGUCACUUUAUUUUACUUCUGCUCUUUUUUUUUCCUCAACACUUUUUUUGUUGUUUUAUUUUUUAAUUUUUUUUAAAUAAAUGCACUGUUGGUUAAGGGCUGUAAGUAAGCAUUUCACUGUAAUGUCUGCACCUGUUGUAUUCGCGCAUGUGACCAAUAAAAUUUGAUUUGAUUUGAUUCAACCAAUAUUUAUAUUUUUUUCUUUCAGAUGAGCUGCAUGACUGGGUGUGCAGGAUCAUGGAGAAGGCUGGUAUGGAGUCGUCCGUGACCUUUGAACCCAUGAGGUCCAGAUCCCCUCUCCCACACUACGAUGUCCAGGCUGCUGCCCUGAUCAUCAUCGCCAUGAAGCUGCUCUUCAAACUAGACGACCACACUGAGUGGUAGCUAUGCCGUCUGUUACCUAGAGAGAAAGAGAGAGAGAAAUGUAUUUAAGGGCUUAUUCUCACCGAAUAGUUAUCGGGACAAUUUCAAUUUACAUAAUAUGUACAUACACUUUACAAUUCACAUUAGCGACGGGAAUGUCACGAGCCGACAAGGGGUUCGGUUGACGUUCUUGCUUCGCAGCUCAAAAGUACCGUAAAUUUCACAGUAACCUGGACUCAGGAGGUUAAGCAUUGCAAACUAUUCAACUAGCUAGCUACUAGCUAACGUUAAGCAAGCAACUCUUCAUGCAUCUACCAUAUUACAUUAUUGCAACAAAACCAUAUUACACUCUUGAAUAACGCAACAAUUCACAAGCAUGUGAAGACAAUUAAUAUUUUCGUCUGAACACUAGUCACAUGUUAGCUUCAAGACAAAAGCACAGAUGUUGACUUAUGUAGUUUGACUUGCGUAUCUAAACAUGUUGACUGACAUAUUUCAACAUUUUUAGAUAGUAUCGACAUUAAAAAAAGGUGGCGGGAAUGGGCUUCCAUAGUUUGACGUGGCUCAGUGCAGCUACUGCAACCAUUUCAGAAUGUAACAGGCUGUUACUGCAAUUUCAGGUAAAAACUCAAUAACACAAGUCUCAAAUAUAAGGAAAAUGUCUAGCCUACACAUUUCAGCUUUUUCAAAAACAUUGCUCUGCUAUUACCAUUGAUACUGUAGGAGUGGUGAGCUGAGUGAGACAAUUCUGUUUACACUACCCUGCUCGGAGGGUGGCAACUGUCGGGUGCGACCUCCAGAGGAAGCACUCGAGACGUGAGAACAGUAUUGUCUCUCGAGAACCUCUAGAAAAUGUACCUUUGCUAUCGUCAAUGUGAAAACGGUCUGCCACUCCACAAUAUAACAUUCAUUGACAAUACAUAAUACAGAUUUUAAAACUACAUUGUGGAUCACUCUGGUAGUUUUGAGACACUGUAUGUAAUCAUAGUAGGCAAUUAUAGUACACUAUAUAGUCUGUUAACAAGUCAAUAUUUUGCCACAGUCUAGGAACCACAAUGCUCUUUAGGAAGCUCCAUGUAGACUGAAACAUCAAGUCUGCAUGUCCCUGGUCAUGUAAACUGAGUCACACAGAAAUGUCAUGAAAAGUUUAGAUCACUAUGUCUAUGCUAGAUAUUGCACUUUGGUGAUUGUUUACUACUGCUCAUAUCUAAAGCAGUUCUCCUGUUUGUGUGUUUUUAGGGAUUUGUCCAAUGAUGCAAGUGACAAGAACAAGGAAAAUCCAGGUAAACCUCAGACUCACUUUGGUGUGAUAAAUUGAUAACCAGCCCUUCCUGAUGGCUGCUAUAGAUGUGGGAAGAAAAAAUUAAAAUCAUAAUUGAGAAGGUAUUGAUCUGAAUAAUCUCUCGGGAGAUACAGUGAGGGGAAAAAAGUAUUUGAUCCCCUGCUGAUUUUGUACGUUUGCCCACUGACAAAGACAUGAUCAGUCUAUACUUUUAAUGGUAGGUUUAUUUGAACAGUGAGAGACAGAAUAACAACAAAAAAAUCCAGAAAAACGCAAAUCAAAAAUGUUAUAAAUUGAUUUGCAUUUUAAUUAGGGAAAUAAGUAUUUGACCCCUCUGCAAAACAUGACUUAGUACUUAGUGGCAAAACCCUUGUUGGCAAUCACAGAGGUCAGACGUUUCUUGUAGUUGGCCACCAGGUUUGCACACAUCUCAGGAGGAAUUUUGUUCCACUCCUCUUUGCAGAUCUUCUCCAAGUCAUUAAGGUUUCGAGGCUGACGUUUGGCAACUCGAACCUUCAGCUCCCUCUACAGAUUUUCUAUGGGAUUAAUGUCUGGAGACUGGCUAGGCCACUCCAGGACCUUAAUGUGCCUCUUCUUGAGCCACUCCUUUGUUGCCUUGGCUGUGUGUUUUGGGUUAUUGUCAUGCUGGAAUACCCAUCCACCACCCAUUUUCAAUGCCCUGGCUGAGGGAAGGAGGUUCUCACCCAAGAUUUGACGGUACAUGGCCCCGUCCAUCGUCCCUUUGAUGCGGUGAAGUUGUCCUGUCCCCUUAGCAGAAAAACACCCCAAAGCAUAAUGUUUCCACCUCCAUGUUUGACGGUGGGGGUGGUGUUCUUGGGGUCAUAGGCAGCAUUCCUGCUCCUCCAAACACGGCGAGUUGAGUUGAUGCCAAAGGGCUCUAUUUUGGUCUCAUCUGACCACAACACUUUCACCCAGUUCUCCUCUGAAUCAUUCAGAUGUUCAUUGGCAAACUUCAGACGGGCCUGUAUAUGUGCUUUCUUGAGCAGGGGGACCUUGCGGGCGCUGCAGGAUUUCAGUCCUUCACGGCGUAGUGUGUUACCAAUUGUUUUCUUGGUGACUAUGUUCCCAGCUGCCUUGAGAUCAUUGACAAGAUCCUCCCGUGUAGUUCUGGGCUGAUUCCUCACCGUUCUCAUGAUCAUUGCAACUCCACGAGGUGAGAUCUUGCAUGGAGCCCCAGGCCGAGGGAGAUUGACAGUUAUUUUGUGUUUCUUCCAUUUGCAAAUAAUUGCACCAACUGUUGUCACCUUCUCACCAAGCUGCUUGGCGAUGGUCUUGUAGCCCAUUCCAGCCUUGUGUAGGUCUACAAUCUUGUCCCUGACAUCCUUGGAGAGCUCUUUGGUCUUGGCCAUGGUGGAGAGUUUGGAAUCUGAAUGAUUGAUUGCUUCUGUGGACAGAUGUCUUUUAUACAGGUAACAAGCUGAGAUUAGGAGCACUCCCUUUAAGAGUGUGCUCCUAAUCUCAGCUCGUUAUCUGUAUAAAAGACACCUGGGAGCCAGAAAUCUUUCUGAUUGAGAGGGGGUCAAAUACUUAUUUCCCUCAUUAAAAUGCAAAUCAAUAAAUAACAUUUUUGACAUGUGUUCUUCUGGAUUUUUUUGUUAUUCUGUCUCUCACUGUUCAAAUAAACCUACCAUUAAAAUUAUGAUCAUUUCUUUGUCAGUGGGCAAACGUACAAAAUCAGCAGGGGAUCAAAUACUUUUUUCCCCUCACUGUACAUACUACAUACAGAGGAAUAAACUAAACAGUUAUUUACAUACAGUGCUAUGAAAAAGUAUUUGCCCCCUUUCAAAUUUUCUCUACUUUUGCAUAUUUGUGAUACUGAAUGUUAUCAGAUCUUCAACCAAAACCUAAUAUUAGAUAAAGGGAACAUAAGUGAACAAAUAACACAGCAAUUACAUAUUUAUUUCGUAAACAAAGUUAUUCAACACCCAAUUUCCCUGUGUGAAAAGUAAUUGCCACCUUACACUCAAUAACUGGUUGUGCCACCUUUAGCUGCAAUGACUCCAACCAAAUGCUUCCUGUAGUUGUUGAUCAGUCUCUCACGUCGCUGUGGAGGAAUUAUGGCCCACUCUUCCAUGCAGAACUGCUUUAACUCAGUGACAUGUGGGUUUUCAAGCAUGAACUGCUCGUUUCAAGUCCUGCCACAACAUCUCAAUUGGGAUUAGGUCUGGACUUUGACUAGGCCAUCCCAAAACUUCCAAUUUGUUGCUUUUUAGCAAUUUUCAUGUAGACUUGAUUGUGUGUUUUGGAUCAUUGUCUUGCUGUUUGACCCAGCUGCGCUUCAGCUUCAGCUCACAGACGGAUGGUCUGACAUUCUCCUGUAGAAUUCUCUGAUACAGAUCAGAAUUCAUGGUUCCUUCUAUUAAGGCAAGUCGUCCAGGUCCUGAGGCAGCAAAGCAUCCCCAAACCAUCACCCCACCACCACCACCAUGCUUGACCUUUGGUAUGAUGUUCUUACUGUGGAAUGCAGAGUUUGGUUUUCGCCAGGCAUUACUGGAACCAUGUCGUCCAAAAAGUUAUACUUUUGAAUCAUCUGUCCAUAGAACGUUCUUCCAAGAGUCUUGAUGAUCAUCCAGGUGCUUUUUGGCAAACUUGAGUCAACUUUUUGGAUGAGAUGGGCACAGAUAAUCAUAGUUUAUAUUGUCCUACACAUUGUAAUUAACCUUUUUUUCGUAAAGAGCGGCCAUUGAGGUGUGGUUUUGUCUUUGGAACGGUGGAAUGUUGCCUGUUUGUCUGCAUUCCUUUUGAUUUCUGACUUCCUUUUCAUUCACUUGUAACAUUCCAUUUGAUAUCUUAUCAGCCUCCUGUAGCUCAGUUGGUAGAGCAUGGCGCUUGCAACGCCAGGGUUGUGGGUUCGAUUCCCAUGGGGGGCCAGUAUGAAAAAUGUAUGCACUCACUAACUGUAAGUCGCUCUGGAUAAGAGCGUCUGCUAAAUGACUAAAAUGUCAAAUGAAAAAUAAUAUAAGUGAGAGUAGGUUUGUGAGAGUAGAUUACAUGGCUGGCCUGAAAUAUUUGGGUGGUUUGAGGUGCUAGAGUUUCCCCUUGCUAUUUUCUGUGGUAAUUAAAAAGCAAAUGGAGAAUUCUGACUUCUCUUAAGAAGUAGAGCCCAUUAUGAAGACUUAAAUGAAGUGAGUUCCUAGCGGUAGCCUGUUAUAUAGUUCGGAAAUGGCCCCUUAUUUUGGGAAGUCUUCUCAGUUGGACAAUGCAAAGGCCAAGUGUCCUAAAUUCUGUCUGGCACUCAUCCCUCUCUUUAUGUGCGACAGAUGGGAACAGCUUUAACCUGAGAAGGUGGUACAGGACCAUGCAGACUGCCCUGACCACAGCCGCACGGAGACAGCAGGACAACAUAGCCAGGUGAGACUCCUCUCACUUUUAACUGGCUCUUUCACUGUUCUCUCUCUAAAGUUGGCUGUGCAGAUACUGUGGUCUAGUGGUAACACAUCCGGCUCAAUCACAUAUACUGCUCCCCACCAGAAACGGGUUCAUUUCCUGUGUCCACCCUUCAUCUAUAUCCUCCUCUAUUUCACAAAUGUCUGUAUAAAGCAUAAUAAAAUGCAUUUUUGACUGGUUUUAUUUACCCAUUUUCUUUCCACAGAAAACAUUGGAAGGCCCAGAAACCUCUAUACACCUCGAAGAAAGACAGGCUGGUCGUUCUCAAAAGGAGACGUAGGUGUCACUCAUAUCAGUCUGUUCAGAUGAAGAAGAAAAACAUGUAUGGCAAAUGGGCUGUAAAAAGAGCUGGCACAAACAUGCUGAUGUAUCUACACUCAGUCACUCACUUGCCAACAUAUCAGCGUCAUUCUGCUUUUGCUAAUCUCUCUCUUUUCUCCACCCCAAUCUCACUACACCUUGUCCCUGUCCCUUUCUCUCAACCCCCCCCCCCCCCCCCCUCCCCUUCUCUUUCCCUCACCCACUAACCACACCCUUUUUCCUCACCAUUUCCUGCACCCUCACUCUUCCCCCUCACCCUCUCCAGGUAUUGCAGAGCAGCUCCAGUUGAGUUUCCAGAAACUGUCUGGUUCCCCUGUGGCCCCGCCAUCUUCCCCUCCCUCCAGCUUCUGUUUCUGCUGGGGUGAGGAGGGGGAAGGGGUCCGGGACGGGCCCAGCAUGCACCACCAUACCCUGGACAGCAGCGUCCGGCUGAGAGGGGCAAGCCUCCAGCCCUCCAACCCAGAAUACUGGCACCCAGCCCUGAGGGCCUGCAAGCCCAGGUAAGGCCCAGUGCCCGGUUGCAGCAGCAUACCAACCUGCAUCCCACUGCUGGCUUGCCACUGAAGCUAAGCAGGGUUGGUCCUGGUCAGUCCCUGGAUGGGAGACCAGAUGCUGUUAGAAGUGGUGUUGGAGGGCCAGUAGGAGGCACUAUUUCCUCUGGUCAAAAAAAUAAAAUAUUCCAAUGCCCCAGGGCAGUGAUUGGGGACAUUGCCCUGUGCAGGGUGCCGUCUUUUGGAUGGGAUGUUAAACGGGUGUCCUGACUCUGUGUUCACUAAAGAUCCCGUGGCACUUAUCGUAAGAGUAGGGGUGUUAAAACCCCGGUGUCCUGGUUAAAUUCCCAAUCUGGCCCUCAUACCAUCAUGGCCACCUAAUCAUCCCCAGCUUCCAAUUGGCUCAGUCAUCCCCCCCUCCUCUCCCAUGUAAGUAUUCCUGAGGUUGUUGCUGUAAAUGAGAAUGUGUUCUCAGUCAACUUACCUGCAAAAAUAAGGGUAAAAAAUAACAAAAAUGUAAAGGUAGAGUCAGUGAUGCACAAAGUAAACCACAGAGUCAGCGUAGACCUCUGCAACAAGCAUGAGGCUAAACUUCUCUGCUGAUCCCGCAACUAUCAGCUUGCAGGAGCGGGAAGUGCACCCGUGCACAUGCGCAGCGUCUUGCAUCUGAGUCUGUUUUAAGUUAAUAUUUCCCUUGUUGGGGUGACCCUGAAUCACCUCACCUAAACAUCCUAACUGAUGUCUUUUUUUAAUAAUAUGAUAGCCCUCACCCUCACAUAGACAUACACAUUGCACAGUUCCCAGACUGCUGAGAGCUUGCGGCAGUUGUAUAUGCUGGGUGAAGGAGAGUGGGAAUGCAGGCCUGUAUUCUCUCUCUCCUCUGAUGGGGGCUGUUUUCACUGUCAGCACUGAUCAAAUCUACCAAGCUACCCUUUCCUUUCCACCUUCCUCAGUUUGCUGAGGCUGAAUCCUAUAGUGAUUGAAAACUGAACCCAGCAUUAAUCUACACUCUGCAUUCUGUUGUGGAGGCCGAUUCCCUUCUAACCUGUCCCACAAGGGCUCUUUCAGUUCCACUCGCUAUAGGCUGUAUCUAAACCAUCCCAUUUAAAACCUAGUUUCAGCUAGAGACAGCACUGGCUGUGGGUUUUUCCCAGCAUAUAGGCAGUAGGCAUGCAUAAUAAUGCUUUAGAAAAUGUUUCAGAAUUGUUGUAGACGAUGUAGAGAUGUGACUUGUGAAUAUACAUAUAGAAUCAAAACGUCCAUGACAAGUGCUCUGUUUAAAUAUAGUCUGGAUGAGAGGACCAGGAUGUCUGUCAUAUACUGUUUACACACUGGUUAUUAGCAGUGGUUAAUAAUCGCAUGCACAGGGACGUGAGACAAACUCCAUUUGCAAAUCUGCCAGAUUUUGGUUAUACUUGCAGAAUUUCCAUUGCUCCAUAAAAGUUCAAUUCAACUCUUUCAGAUUGGUCUUUACUGCACACCUCACAGGGAUUGCGCUGCACUAGGCACACUCUACAAAGAGCCAGAGUCAUGUGCCUUCUUUAAAACAACACUGUUGAGUUUUUCUGUCAUGUUUUGUUUUCCCCCUCAGGUUUUGUAAGAGCCACUAUGCGGAGGUAGAGGUCACUCUCCCCAGGAUGUACGUGUGGUUGUUGGGCCUCUUCUCCUUCCUCCUGGGGGUGAAACCUGGCUGUGUAUACGAAGAGGUACUGAAGGUGGAGAGGCGCUUCCUCAGGUGCAGCAAGUCCCAGCCCAGGGCAAGAGCUACGCCCAGAAAGACACAGCCCAAAAAACAGCCCAAACGCAAACAAACCAGAAAAACAUGUUCUAGGUGACUAAAGAGAGAGUGACUUCAUCGGGACCAACUACUGUGGUUUAUUUAUGUACCAUAUUGCCAUGCAUUACUGCGGUUCUUGUAUCAAUGCAAAUUGAUUAUGUGCCUUUUUGUACAAAUUGCCUCAUUGCAUUGCCAUGGAUGAAUGGCAAUGUUCCUGUGAUUUACAAUUUACUUUUGAAAUUAUAUUAAACUGUUCUGUUAUUAGUGUUAUAAGUAGCUCUGUUCAUUAAAUAAUGCCUGACAUUUUAGGCUAAGUACAGGCUGUGAGAGAGCACUGUUAUUAUUCCAAAUGUGCGUGUUACUUCAGUUUUUAAUGUGAUGGACAUGUAAUAGGUGUUACCUGCAAUUAGUGUGGUUUUGGAAUAAUUUGUUCCGAGUCUCAGGCACUUCUCUCUACGAAACUGGUAUGUAUCGGUUUUUGUGAGCCUCAUCAAGCUAUUUCCUAGGCCUAUGUGCGUUUACCUGAAACCCCGCCCAUUGUCACAGCAAGCCAAUCGCGUGGCCUAUCGCAGGUAAAACUUCGGCUCCAGCUCAUAGAUCGAGAAAAGCCGAAUAAACUAGUUCUGGAGUACACGGUUGACAUACAUUUUAACUACCAGCAUCUCGUGUUUUUUAAAAUAGUUGACGUAUCGGAAUUACCGUUCCAACUUGAAAGUCCAGUCCGCCGGAGCGAAAUGACACAGGAGCUUGGCAAGUAAGUAGGCCUACACGGUCCAGUUGUAUACAGGUGUGCAAUACUGUAUGAAUGACGAUCUUCCAUAGCCUAACUAUCCAGGUAGCCUAAGUAAACUAGUGUAAGCUACUGGAUCACAAUUGUCAUUUAAAAAAUAUUUUUCGUAUUAUUCUUACAGAUGUAUUUAAGCUUGUUUAAUGCUGAUCCUGUAAAUGUUUUGAACUGGGCUUCAUUUAAUAAUAUUUUUAGCAUUUAGAAAACAUUCGAAGGAAAUCUAUUCAAUUAAUGGCAGUUUGAUUGUGUAUUGAACUUCUUAGACAAUGUACACAAACAAAUACUGACACAAUUAAAUCGUCUCAUUUCUGUACCUGGCAUCUUAUAUUUAAACAAAACGAUGAAAUUGAUUUGCUCCUAAGCAUAGACAUUAGUCUGACUGCCAUGACACAGACAGCGAAUUGAAUACCUGUCUUGCUGUUAGAGCAGGAUAAGAGAUCUGUCAAGCGUGCUACUGCCUGAAGGUAACACUUACAAUAAUAAUAAUAUGGCAUUUAGCAGACGCUUUUAUCCAAAGCGACUUAUGCGAAAAUGCAUGAAUACAUUUUUGUGUAUGGGUGGUCCCGGGGCUCGAACCUACUACCUUGGCGUUUCAAGCGCCGUGCUCUACCAGUUGAGCUACAGAGGAUCAAGCCUACUGCUCACUCUAUGGGACUCUUUCUGUCCGUGUAAAACAUAACAUUUAAGAGGUUAGGGCUAUUAUUGGGCAUAGUGAGGGGGAUUCUGAACUUAAAAUGUUGGACUUGUCCCACUGUGCAGAAAGGGGGAUUCUGAACUAAAUGUUGAUCUGUCCCACUGUGCAGAGAGAGGUGGAUUCUGAACGUAAUGUUGGACUGGCCCACUGUGCAAAAAGAGGGGGAUUCUGAACUUAAUGUUGGACUGUCCCGCUGUGCAGAAAGAGGGGGAUUUGGCCUCCCGAGUGGCCCAUCGGUCUAAGGCACUGCAUCGCAGUGCUUGAGGGGUCACUACAGACCUGGGUUGCUUCCCAGGCUGUCACAGCCGGCCGUGACCAGGAGACCCAUGAGGUGGCGCACAAUUGACCCAGCGUCGUAUGGGUUAGGAGGGUUUGGCCGGCUCGGAUUUCCUUGUCCCAUCGUGCUCUAGCGACUCCUUGUGGCGGGCCGGGCGCCUGCAAGCUGACUUCGGUUGCCAGCUGGAGGGUGUUUCCUCCGACACACUGGUGCGGCUGGCUUCCGGGUUAAGCAAGCAGUGUGUCAAGAAGCAGUGCGGCUUGGCAUGGUUGUGUUUCAGAGGACGCAUGGCUUUCGACCUUCGCCUCCCCCGAGUCCGUAGGGGAGUUGCAGCGAUGGGACAAGACUGUAACUACCAAUUAGAUAUCACAAAAUUGGGGAGAACAAAAAGAGGGGGGGGUUCUAAACUAAAUGUUGGACUGUCCCACUGUGCAGAAAGAGGGGGAUUCUGAACUUAAUGUUGGACUGUCCCACUGUGCAGAAUGGGAGGGGUUCUGAAUCUGAAUUUACUCUCGGACUGUCCUACUGUGCAGAAAUAGGGGGGUUCUAAAUCUGAACGUAAUGUUGGACUGUCUCACUGUGCAGAAAGAGGGGUGUUCUGGUGCUCCAGAAUGAGCCGUCGUACAGCGGUGGUCAGCGGCAGGCACUCACUGAGGAUGACGAGGCAUGGAGGACCUUCCUGGAGAACCCCCUGACGGCCGCCUCCAAGGCCAUGAUGAGCAUCAAUGGAGAUGAGGACAGUGCCAACGCUCUGGGCCUCCUCUACGACUACUACAAGGUACCUUAUAUAUUCCUACUAUAUUACUACUACUAUAUACCCACUAUACUAUAAAGAUUCUAUAAGUACCUCCACCGCCAUAGAUGUAUCAUAGAUGUGUGAUAAUAAUGUAUUAAAUUACUUUUCUAGGUGCCACGAGAUAGGAGACCGAAUGGACAGCCCAAAACAGAAGAGCUCCUGGGCGAUGCUGAUCCAAACAAAAUGUAAUGAAUCUCCUUAGUUAUGAUGUUGUUAUCCAGUUAUGACUUAUCAUACUUGACUUUAUAUUUACUGUAAAUCGAGAAAAAGUGUGUUGAAGUAAAGAAAGCUGUGUUCUGAGAUGACCUUUACUCUGAUCAUCUCCUCAGAAAAUUCAUGGUGCCACUCCAAGACUCUCCCCUGAGGACCGUCCCUCGCAACACCGUGGUCCAGGGCAGCAGCCAACCCAGCCGGAUGGACAAGACCCGGGCUCUCUACCCAGCCUCAGACUCCAUAGUCUGCCUGUCCACCACCUCCAGCCCUCCCUCCUACUCCAUCAGCACAGGGCGGACCCUGGCCCCAUUGGGCCUCCCCCCUGGACUCCACAGUUCCCAGUCCGACGGAAUGGCCUUCAGUCGCCAGCUCAACCACAGCCAGUACAGCCCCAGAGCUAAGAGCCUCACCCCCAAUUCCACCUACACAGAGCCCUACAAGGACAGCUCCAAUGAGGUAGGUCCUCUAACUGUUACUCCAGAACCAGAUUGAACCAGAGCAUAAUUUUACACUGAGCAGUGCAAGCCUCUCCUGGAGCUGUACUGCUUACACCUAGGUUUCAUUGAAAUGAAUGAAAGCGUCUCACGCUCUGUAAAAGUAGCAGGCUUGUGAGAAUCAGCCUAUUCACUUUUAUGGAGCCAAGGAGGCAUCAUCCAUAUUUUCAUUGAUCUAUGGGGUUGUAGUGUAAUAUGUAAUGGUCACCUAUACAGAUUAUUAUGGGUGCCUCCCAAAUGGCACCAUAUUCCCUAUAGUGCACUAUAAAGCCAAGUGAAUAGGGUGCCAUUUGGGUCACAUCCUAUGUCUAUGGUGCUAAUGUUCCCCUGGAAUGUUUUGUUGUGACCCACAGGUCUUCCCUCUGUCGGAGGAGCUCCAACAACGCAUGGCCUCCAUUCCUCCCGGUGGAUACCCUUACUACAGCUCGACAGCAAGGUAACAUACUCAGUCAAACAUGGGAUAGAGACAGUCACUGAGAGACAAAUUCCUGUAAAAGGCCAAAUAAAUGAACUGAACUUAGUGUGUUUUCAAAAAUGCUUUCAUAGUCACCAGACAUCAGGAUGUAUGAUGACGAAGAAUUCUCUCUCUAUCUCAGUCAACACUUUGAGUACAUGCUGGAGGCUCCCCAGUCUAUCCGGCCCAAGAGCGGCAGUGGCCAGAUGAGUUACCUGAACAAGGGCCAGUUCUACCCUAUCACCCUGAGAGAGCUAGGGGGCCCCCCGGUCCCACCCCACCUCAAUGGAGAAUUCCGGGUAUGAGCUUCUCUAUUGUAUCUCUUCUAUUUCUAUUCUUAUCGCUCGCUCUCUCUCUUUCUCUCCCCCCCUCCUCCCUUCUCUCCUCUUCCUCUUUCUUCCCCCUCCUCUCUCCCUCUUCUCGCCCCUACUCUUCUUUCCUCCAGGAGGGCUGUCUUUCUCGCCCCUCUCCUUUUCUCCCCCCAUCUCUCUCUCUUCUCUCUCCCCUCUCUCUCACAUUCUCACCAUCUCUCUUUUCUUUCUUCUCCCCCUCUCUCUCUCUCUCUCUUCCCCUCUCUCUCUUCUCUCCCCUCUCUCUCUUUCUCUCCCCUCUCUCUCUUUCUCUCCCUCUCUUUCUUUCAUCUCUCUUUCCUGACUUCUUAUCUAUUUCUAUUCUACAAGUAUCUAGUGUGUCUCUAGGUUUGGGAAAUGUUUUGGGAAUUACUUACUGAUGGAAUAUUUCAGAGUGUGGUGAUGCUGGUGUUUGGAGAGGAAAAGUUCACAGAUGACCAGCUCAAACACUGGAGAUACUGGCACAGCAGACAGCACACAGCCAAGCAGCGCUGCAUUGAUAUUGGUGAGGGGUUACACACACACAUUCAUGCAUACACACACUGCACGCAUACGCACACACAACCGUGUGCAUGCACACACUCUCUCUCACACUAGGGCUGCACAAUUAAUCGAAUUCACAUCGAAAUCGAAAUAUUGACGUGCAAUAUUCAUAUCGCAAGAAAUCCAUAUCGCACGCAAUAUUUUGAAAGGCAUUUCAGCCGUGUGCAACGUCCCUUUUUAUAAUUGACUACGUUUUUCUCCUCUUGUGGCCUCUUUCUGCACACAUCAACCCGAGCCCUGUCACUCAAGCAGUGCAGUUCCUCUUCCUCGCUGUUAGAUUCACUAUAAGUUUGCAUGCUGUUGUGUUAGGUCAAAUGCAGUCAACCGAUUGUUCCAAACAAUAACGAUGCUGCUUUACCCACACACAAAUACACACACACACACACACACACACACACAACCAAAACAGUCACACUAUGUUCUCAGAAUCAGUAUGUAAACAUUAUUGUUUGUGUGUAAAACAUCCUGUUGUAUCUCUUCCCUGUUUGUUCAUCCCAGCUGACUACAAAGAGAGCUUCAAUACGAUCGCCAGUAUUGAGGAGAUCGCCUACAAUGCCAUCUCUUUCACAUGGGACACUAAGGACAAGCCACGGGUAAAAGAGGCCAAUAUCAUGUGGCAGCAGAAAUCUUUGUGUGAAGAUUUUGGGCUCUGGGGUGAAGUUUCCCCUGGGUACAGAUCUAGGAUCAGCUUGCCCUCCCCAAUCUUAACCUUAACCAAUGGUGUAAAAAAUGCCAAACUGACCCAAGAUCAGCGUCUAGAGGCAGCUUCACUCUACACCAGAUUUAGGAGCAAAAUGUAUGUCUAUGUUUUGUCAGAAAAAGAAAGUAGUUACAAACAAUCUCCAGCAGGGGGAGACAUACACAAGUAAAUCAAUCAUACACAACACUUUGAAACAACCCAGGACUAUAGUUACUAGAGACUACAAUUUUCUACCUUGGUUUUCUACCUGCAUGAAAGAAAUGUCAUACUCAAUGGAAAUAAACCCAUAAAUGUGCAUCAGAACUGUUCAUUCAAAAAUAUUUAUCUAAUUCAUUCAAAUGUAAAACAUUCUGUCUAUUACUACUCUACCCUGCUAUUUUUUGGUAUGUUUUCAUGUCAUUAUUGGUGCUUUUAUGCAAUGUUUUUAAUGUGUUGCAUGUGAGCCUCAUGCUUUUCUGUCCAAUGUAAAUUGGAUGAACAAUAAAAUGUUUAGAAUUUGAAUCCUCACGUGCCUUGAUCUUUGCCCCCUCAGGUGUUUGUGUCAGUGAACUGUCUGAGUACAGACUUCUCCCCUCAAAAAGGAGUGAGGGGCCUUCCUCUCAACCUCCAGAUUGACACCUACAGCUGUGGUAACCAUGGUGAAAAGCUAGUGCACAGAGCCUACUGCCAGAUCAAGGUGUUCUGUGACAAAGGUGCCGAGAGGAAGAUCCGAGACGAGGAGAGGAAGCAGACUCAAAGGAAGGGAAGGGGACAGGAGACAACUGCAGCCUGUGAGUACAGUACACCUGAUUUAAGUCAGACACAUACAUAUAGAUAGAUAGAUAGAUAGAUAGAUAGAUAGAUAGAUAGAUAGAUAGAUAGAUAGAUAGAUAGAUAGAUAGAUAGAUAGAUAGAUAGAUAGAUAGAUACAUACAUACAUACAUACAUACAUACAUACAUACAUACACAUACAGUGCAUUCGGAAAGUAUUCAGACCCCUUGACUUUUUCCACAUUUUGUUACGUUACAGCCUUAUUCUAAAAUUGACUAAAUCGUUUUCCCCCCUCAUCAAUGUACACACAAUACCCCAUAAUGACAAAGCAAAAAGAGGUUUGUAGAUUAUUUUGCUAAUUUAUAAAAAAUCCAAAACUGAAAUAUCAUAUUUACAUAAGUAUUCAGACCCUUUUCUCAGUACUUUGUUGAAGCACCUUUGGCAGCGAUUACAGCCUCGAGACUUCUUGGGUAUGACGCUACAAGCUUGGCACACCUGUAUUUGGGGAGUUUCUCCCAUUCUUCUCUGCAUAUCCUCUCAAGCUCUGUCAGGUUGGAUGGGGAGCGUCGCUGCACAGCUAUUUUCAGGUCUCUCCAGAGAUCGGGUUCAAGUCUGGGCUCUGGCUGGAGCAGGUUUUCAUCAAGGAUCUCUCAGUACGUUGCUCCGUUCAUCUUUCCCUCGAUCCUGAAUAGUCUCCCAGUCCCUGCCGCUGAAAAACAUCCCCACAGCAUGAUGCUGCCACCACCAUGCUUCACCGUAGGGAUGGUGCCAGGUUUCCUCCAGACGUGACGCUUGGCAUUCAGGCCAAAGAGUUCAAUCUUGGUUUCAUCAGACCAGAGAAUCUUGUUUCUCAUGGUCUGAGAGUGCUUUAGGUAUCUUUUGUGAGGAGUGGCUUCCCUCUGGCCACUCUACCAUGAAGGCCUGAUUGGUGGAGUGCUGCAGAGAUGGUUGUCCUUCUGGAAGGUUCUGCCAUCUCCACAGAGGACCUCUGGAGCUCUGUCAGAGUGACCAUUGGGAUCUUGGUCACCUCCCUGACCAAGGCCCUUCUCCCCUGAUUGCUCAGUUUGGCUGGGCGGCCAUCUCUAGGAAGAGUCUUAUUGGUUCCAAACUUCUUCCAUUUAAGGAUGAUGGAGGCCACUGUUUUCUUGGGGACCUUCAAUGCUGAAAAUAAAUAAAUGGUACCCCUCCCCAGAUCUGUGCCUCGACACAAUCCUGUCUCGGAGCUCUACGGACAAUUCCUCCGACCUCAUGGCUUGGUUUUUGCUCUGACAUGCACUGUCAACUGUGGGACCUGAUAUAGACAGGUGUGUGCCUUUCCAAAUCAUGUCCAAUCAAUUGAAUUUACCACAGGUGUACUCCAAUCAAGUUGUAGAAACAUCUCAAGGAGGAUCAAUGGAAACAGCAUGCACCUGAGCUCAAUUUUGAGUCUCAUAGCAAAGGGUCUGAAUACUUAUGUAAAUAAGGUAUUUCAGUUAUAAAAAUUUUAUAAAUUAGCAAAGAUUUCUAAAAACCUGUUUUCGCUUUGUCAUUAUGGGGUAUUGUGUGUAGAUUGCUGAGAUUUUUAUUUAUUUAAUCCAUUUUAGAAUAAGGCUGUAACUUAACAAAAUUUGGAAAAAGUUAAGGGGUCUGAAUACUUUCCGAAGGCACUGUAUAUAUAUAUAUAUAUAUAUAUAUAUAUAGUUUAAUCUCUCGUGGACAGACAACGUAAACAUAAAUUGUACUGUAGAUCUGUUAUGAUACAUGUGAGAUAACGAGCAGCAUUAAGAAUGAAACACAUCGAGAAUCUCACUGCCGAUAGGUAAACAGUGCGAGGCCGUUCCUUCUCUCGCUCGGUACCUGCUGCGUGCCAACCCGUAUAGCGACAAACCUGCCAUAUCUACUUGAAGAAUCACAAUUAUCGUCAGUGGCCAACAACUUGACUUUGAGCCAAUCCGAAAGCAUGAGCCCCCACGUGGGGGAGCCAACAGAAGUGACAACAAAAAGGCAAAAAGAGGGCAUUUUCUCCUUAUAUCCACGGUUAAAUGUCAUGAGCCAGUCACACUUUAUAUGCAGUGUAGGCUAUGGGAUGGUAGCUAGCUAAGUGCACAGAUGCAAUGCACACAACACUAAAUACUUCCUCCAAGCUUGCUAACCACUGUAGCUACUAUUGACAUUAUAAUUAAGUCAUAAUGGAUUAGUUUCCAUGAAACAGCUGCCUGUGUUAGCUGCCGAGUUAGUGCAGUGUCCUUAGAUAGCUAGCUAUGUUGUGCUAGCUAACGAAUAUGCUAAUGUUAGUUAGCUAGCUAUACAUUUGGCUAUGGGCUGGCACUGGCAGUAUGGGAUUAUGGAGAGUGAAUUAAAUUGUUUGUUUGUCAUCUGGCUAGUAUCAUCAAGGGCUUUCUACAAAAUAGCAACAUUAGCUCAGCUAGCUAGCUUGCUAACAUUGGCAUCUAGACCAUAACCUAAGCAACACACGCAGACAUGCAUUGCCAAACAAGGCUACUGCCACCUUUUGGUUUGGAGUAUUUUAACAAGGCUUUGUGGCUGACGACUUCAAUGUCUUUGCUGUGUGAACACAAAAGAGAUUGACUCCCGACACUGUUCAGAGGUGUAAUUACUUUCAGCUGGCGAACGGUAGACAAUCCUGUGUGUGUCCCUGCUCUUAGUUCCGGUGCUUUGGACAAAUCACGAUUUCGCUGGUGUUAGCUUAUUUUGGCUUUCGGAAGGGUAGGGGACAUUUGGCCUAUAGACUUGCCUGUAACUUGCAAAGAGAGAGGGUGGAGUUCUUCAGUCCUGUUCUCUUAACACGUAUGGACCCAGAACUUAAUCCAACAUCUGACCAAUUACGCAAGACUUUAGUUCUGUGUUAACUGAGAUUAAUAUAUAGUGCUUUUAACAAAUAUAUUUUUCUUUGUGUGAUUCACAAAAUCCUGUACUCAACUAACCCCUAAAAAGCAAGCUAGGGAAACAGCAUGUCAAGGGUAAAAAACUCAGUCUCUAGAGUUGAUAUACAAUAGUAGACAUGUCUCAAUAAAAUAAAAACACCUUGAAGAAAAGGAAAAGCACUUGUUCUUUGCAACAGCAACAGUCCCAUUUGUCUCUUCUCACAACCGAUGGUGGAGUGCCCAGAGUGGAGGGCCCCUAUUCUAGUGAGCGAGACUAGUGUCCCAUCCUGCUCCCAUGUUAACCCCUCUACCUCUCCCUGCUGUCCUGUCACAGAUGUGGAAGACCCUCUGAAGCUGAAGCAUGUGGACAUAACAUUGUUCAAAGCCAUGAGUGAUAUGGACUCCCAGCCGGUCCUCUUUAUCCCUGAGGUCCACUUCCCCAGCACCCAGCGCCACCACGUAAGACCUACAUUACAUGGAAGGAUAAAACAAUUAAAAUAUAAGGCAUUAAACCUCUCUCUUAAGGCCUCCAUUGUACCGAUAUUGUAUCUAAAUCCAAAUAGGUUUUCUAGAAAGCUACUAAGAGAGGCCCAUCCUAUGUUUAAAACCUUACAUUUUCAGUGGAUUGACAAUGUAUCCCUGUUUUAAAGUAUCCUUAUUUUUAAAUAAAGUCAUACAGAGUUGGCAACAAUUUCAAUUUCAUCCUCCAGAAAAGGUAGAUCUAAUAUUACAGAAAAUAAUAUGGCUAAACUGCAAUAUAUUGAUUGAGAAGAAAAACACAUGGGGGGGGGGAGUUACUAGAAGGGUAUAAUAUUUAUGAAGGACAUUGUAAACAAAAAUUGUAAAAUUAUGUCACACAAGCAACUAAUAAGUGUGUAUGGAGGUGUAUGCUCAAUACAAAAUUAUAACCAACUCAUCACGACUCUGCCACAAAAUUGGAAGAGACAAUUACUUAAAGAAGAUAUUAAAGAAUUAGUCUACCUGCCACCUAUUAAAAAUCAUAAAUGGCUUAAAAUGCUUAGUAUAAAUCAUUUUUUUGAUCAAUUUCACUUAAAGUCAAAAGGUUUGACAGCAAUACUGUAUACAUUUCAAGUCCGUUGGGAACAGCGUUUUGAUGUCCCAAUUCCUUGGCAUCGGGUCUAUGAACUGACAUAUAAAACAACAAUUGACACCUCAAUCCGUUUGUUUAAACUAUUAUAUAAAAUACUUGCUACAAAAAGAAUGCUCAAUAUAUGGGGCAUUGAAUAGUCAGCCUUGUGCAGACUGCCACGAGGAAACAGAAUCAAUAGAACAUAUUUUCUUGUACUGUCCAUCGGUGGCUCGCUUUUGGAGUCAGGUCCAGGAAUGGUUGUUAUGUCAUAAUAUCAGGGUUCAGAUGGACCUGCAAACUGUAUUGUUAGGGGAUCUGAAAAACCACAAUCAGUCAAUGAGAAAUAUAAUUAUACUCUUGGGUAAAGUAUUUAUUUUUAGACAUGUUAUAAAUAGGGAGGUUCAGGACCCUCAUAAGUCAUCAUAGUAAAAUGGAGGAAUGUAUUGCAAAAGGAAAUAGCUAAAUGGCAUUAUACUGGGAAAGAUGGGUUAAUCUGUGGACAUCGGAGGGUUGGCAUUAAGAUCAGAAUGAAUGGUGGAUUGGCCGCUGUGGGUGAAAAUCCAGCACUUGAAGAAAGAGGAGAUUAGGAAUAUAUUUAUAAUAUAUUUAACUACAGGUACCGUAGAUGAGAGCGAAAUAGCUGUAAGUAGCAGUAGAAGUAUUGAGGGGAUAAAUAAAGGGGAUUAGAAAUUAUGCAAACAAUUAAAUUAAUAGAACCGACAAUCUAUCUGAAAUAUUAAAGCUGAUCUACCCCACCCCCAAAAAUAUAUAAAAUAAUUCUACCUUACCCAUAUUUAGGGUUGCAAAAUUCUAGUAACUUUUCCAAAGUUCCCGGACUUUUUAGAAAUACCAGUUGGAGGAUUCCUGGAAUCAAGAGGGAAUACGCAGGGAGGGAAUCCUCCAACUGGGAAUCCUCUAACUGGGAUUUCUGGAAAAACCUGGGAACUGCCCAUGUUACACUGCAACAUAUCGUCAAACUGACCAUAGUCUCUAGGGACGUUUUGUUUUUAGCCUUUGCUAGGACCGAGCAACAUUUUCAUGGAUAAUUUGUAAUACAAAUUAGUUUUAAAAAAAAUAGACACCUGGUUGCAUACAUGGGCACCCAUGACAAUACUGCUGAUUCAUUUAAAUACAAAAAUCUGCUGAAAUACAGGAGUAAAGCUCAUCAUUUAUAACAAGACUUACUUACAUUUGUGUGAGAUCACAUGUAAAUACAUGAGGGGGGGAAAUGUCAUUUUUGAGACAUAUUUUCAGAAAAUUUCAUGAGACAUGUUGUGCAACAUAAAGAACACAAAGGAGUAUACAAACUAAGAGACAGCAGUCCUCAAAUAGGGGUGCUUGUGCUACACUGACUGGAGAGUUUCAGUGGAGUUGGUUUGAGACAGUAGUAGCUGAACAAAUAGCCCAGGUAAAGAACUUACAGUGGGGGGAAAAAGUAUUUAGUCAGCCACCAAUUGUGCAAGUUCUCCCACUUAAAAAGAUGAGAGAGGCCUGUAAUUUUCAUCAUAGCUACACGUCAACAAUGACAGACAAAUUGAGGGAAAAAAAUCCAGAAAAUCACAUUGUAGGAUUUUUAAUGAAUUUAUUUGCAAAUUAUGGUGGAAAAUAAGUAUUUGGUCACCUACAAACAAGCAAGAUUUCUGGCUCUCACAGACCUGUAACUUCUUCUUUAAGAGGCUCCUCUGUCCUCCACUCGUUACCUGUAUUAAUGGCACCUGUUUGAACUUGUUAUCAGUAUAAAAUACACCUGUCCACAACCUCAAACAGUCACACUCCAAACUCCACUAUGGCCAAGACCAAAGAGCUGUCAAACGACACCAGAAACAAAAUUGUAGACCUGCACCAGGCUGGGAAGACUGAAUCUGCAAUAGGUAAGCAGCUUGGUUUGAAGAAAUCAACUGUGGGAGCAAUUAUUAGGAAAUGGAAGACAUACAAGACCACUGAUAAUCUCCCUCGAUCUGGGGCUCCACGCAAGAUCUCACCCCGUGGGGUCAAAAUGAUCACAAGAACGGUGAGCAAAAAUCCCAGAACCACACGGGGGGGCCUAGUGAAUGACCUGCAGAGAGCUGGGACCAAAGUAACAAAGCCUACCAUCAGUAACACACUACGCCGCCAGGGACUCAAAUCCUGCAGUGCCAGACGUGUCCCCCUGCUUAAGCCAGUACAUGUCCAGGCCCAUCUGAAGUUUGCUAGAGUACAUUUGGAUGAUCCAGAAGAGGAUUGGGAGAAUGUCAUAUGGUCAGAUGAAACCAAAAUAGAACUUUUUGGUCAAAACUCAACUCGUCGUGUUUGGAGGACAAAGAAUGCUGAGUUGCAUCCAAAGAACACCAUACCUACUGUGAAGCAUGGGGGUGGAAACAUCAUGCUUUGGGGCUGUUUUUCUGCAAAGGGACCAGGACGACUGAUCCGUGUAUAGGAAAGAAUGAAUGGGGCCAUGUAUCGUGAGAUUUUGAGUGAAAACCUCCUUCCAUCAGCAAGGGCAUUGAAGAUGAAACGUGGCUGGGUCUUUCAGCAUGACAAUGAUCCCAAACACACCGCCCGGGCAACGAAGGAGUGGCUUCGUAAGAAGCAUUUCAAGGUCCUGGAGUGGCCUAGCCAGUCUCCAGAUCUCAACCCCAUAGAAAAUCUUUGGAGGGAGUUGAAAGUCCGUGUUGCCCAGCGACAGCCCCAAAACAUCACUGCUCUAGAGGAGAUCUGCAUGGAGGAAUGGGCCAAAAUACCAGCAACAGUGUGUGAAAACCUUGUGAAGACUUACAGAAAACGUUUGACCUGUGUCAUUGCCAACAAAGGGUAUGUAAAUAUAACAAAGUAUUGAGAAACUUUUGUUAUUGACCAAAUACUUAUUUUCCACCAUAAUCUGCAAAUAAAUUCAUAAAAAAUCCUACAAUGUGAUUUUCUGGAUUUUUUUUUCUCAUUUUGUCUGUCAUAGUUGACGUGUACCUAUGAUGAAAAUUACAGGCCUCUCUCAUCUUUUUAAGUGGUAGAACUUGCACAAUUGGUGGCUGACUAAAUACUUUUUCCCCCACUGUAAGUAGUUUUUUGGGUGUAUCUGUACUUUACUUUACUAUUAAAAUUUGUACUUUUACUUCAUUACAUUCCUAAAGAAAAUAAUGUACUUUUUACUCCAUACAUUUUCCCUGACACCCAAAAGUACUCGUUACAUUUUGAAUGCAUAGCAGGAAAGGAAAAUGGUGCAAUUCUCGCACUUAUCAAGAGAACAUCCCUGGUCAUUCCGACUGCCUCUGAUCUGGCGGACUCACUAAACACACAUGCUUCUUUUGUAAAUUAUGUCUAAGUGUUGGAGUGUGCCCCUGGCUAUCCAUAAAUUUAAAAAACAAGAAAAUGGUGCUGUCUGGUUUGCUUAAUAUUAGGGAUUGUAAAUUAUUUAUACUUUUACUUGUACAUUUGAUACCUAAGUAUAUUUUAGCAAUUACAUUUACUUUUGAUACUUAAGUACAUUUAAAACCAAAUACUUUUAGACUUUUACUCAAGUAGUAUUUUACUGGAUGACUUUCACUUUUACUUGAGUCAUUUUCUAUAAAAAGUAUUUUUUUUGUAUGACAGUUGGGUACUUUUUCCACCACUGCUUAUUAGCAGUCGUUAUUUGCAUAGAUGUCAGUAUAAGAUAUGGAUAUCGGGUAUCUAAUCUUGCUCUUUGUCCUUUAUCAGGCAUGCCUAUCAGAUGACGGUGAGGAUGGGUGUGUACAAUUCCUCUUUUAGACAAGAAUUGUAAAAUCUGGUAACAUGUAUAGAUGCUACAAAUGGCUAUAAACGUAAUAAUGAAAUAAUUGAAAAUGGUGUAUACCCAUAAUAAGUGAUUAACUGCAUUUUCCAUACUCGUCCAGACUCAUGAUAGUCAUACAUGUUGUGUUUGUUUUGCUGCAGCUUGGGGCAGAAGAGACUGCUCGACUAUGAUGAGGACUUUGACUCAGCCCCUCACAAGAGAGCCAGGAGGGAGGAGCCAGAGAAAGGUACAUCAAAUAGUAGAGACAUAUGCAGACAGACAGACAGACAGAGUGAAAAAGAGACGGUUUAGUGAAGAGAAGGCAUAAACCGGAGAGAGAAUUAUAGAACGAGGGAGCAAAAGAGAGAGAAUGAGUGAGGGAGAGAGAAUUCAAAAUAGCAUGAGAGAGAGGGAGAAAUGCUUUCUGCACUGUAGUUGUGUUUGUUGCUCUGGCUGCUGUUGUUCAGGCUGCUCCCACCUAGUUCAGCUGACUGAAUUUAUGUAAACACAGGCCACGUGGCUUCCAAAGCCCCCCUCCCACUCUAGAUGCACAAAACACAACACACAAACACACUCAACCGGUGUGGAACGUGAUCAUUUCCCUGACAUGUAGACCAAACGGGAUUGUUUUUUUCCCCAGUCACGUGUGUGGGGCGGAAAGGUUCUAAGAAUGAUUAGGGUCUGUUUGAUGUUUGGUGUGGUCUCUCUCAGACUAGUCUAUUGCUGACCAGGCUCAUAGUCAAUUCCCAAGACGCCAGCGUGAAAGGAGCAAAGAGCAAUUACAGUCAGUCAAUGGUCCAGCCUGCUCUCAGUAUAACAAAGGAGUGUCCAAAAUGCCUCCCUAUCCUGGGCUAUGGUCAAAAGUAGUGCACUAUAUAGGGAAUAGGGUGCCAUUUCAGAGACAGUCCAUGUUAACUGAGUUUCACUAUCUUUAUGGGGGGUGAGAGUGGCAGUUGUUUCAGCAUGAAAACACACCACAACCAUGGAAACGUCACCCAGCAGGAUAUUAGGGCAAUACUGUAGUAGUUACCUCAGUGACUUGACUGAGAGAGAAACCCACACAGUAUUUUUGUGUGUGAAACUGUCUCACACCCAUGUCAAAAAAAAUACCUUGUGUGUAAUCCCACCUCUAUUUGCUUAUGGCAACUCUCCCUCACACUGGGGGUUGGUGUGGUAUCUGACUGUACCUCUCCCUCACACUGGGGGUUGGUGUGGUAGUAUCUCACUGGGUUGGUGUGGAAUUUGAAUGUACCUCUCCGUCACACUGUGGGGGUUGGUGUGGUAUCUGACUGUGGGGGUUGGUGUGGUAUCUGACUGUGGGGGUUGGUGUGGUAUCUGACUGUGGGGGUUGGUGUGGUAUCUGACUGUACCUCUCCCCCCCACUAUGGGGGUUGGUGUGGUAUCUGACUGUGGGGGUUGGUGUGGUAUCUGACUGUGGGGGUUGGUGUGGUAUCUGACUGUACCUCUCCCCCGCACUAUGGGGGUUGGUGUGGUAGGCAAUCUUUUGGUGUGGUAUCUGACUGUUGGUUUCGUCUCUCUCUGUGUUCCUCUAGUGCUGCUCUACGUCCGUAAGGAGACAGAGGAGGUGUUUGAUGCUCUGAUGCUGAGGACGCCCACUAUGGCAGGACUACUGGAGGCUGUGAGCAGAUGUUGUUGGGUUCCAAAGAACCUUUGUUUUUGCAAAAGUAUUUUCAGAACUCCUCGACUUUCGAAGAUGAGUCUAAAAUAAAUAUAUUUAGCUCAGAAUGUCUUCUUUGACAUUACUGUAUUUAUACUAGGGAUAUAAUUUCUCAACAGGCAAAGUUAAAAAAUAGCUGGAGUGGGACUUUAAUACUUGUGAAUACUUGUCUGAUAAGUGUUGUAUGUUUUGAGUGUGUGCCAAAUGAAUGACCUUGAUUUUUCCCCCAUGGGUUUAAAUACAUAGCAAGCGCAGACAUAGCUAUUUGUGUAAAGUGUGCCACCCUGGAUGCGUCCUAAAUGACACCCUAUUCCCUUUAUAAUGAACUACUUUUAACCAGGGUCCAUAGUGUUCUGGUCAAAAGUAGUGCACUAUAUAGUGUAUAAGGUGCCAUUUGGGACGCAAGCCACAGUGACACAGUCAGAUAGGUUUGUUUCCUGUUUGUGUCUGUCAGGAAGCGGUCACUCGUCAGAGAAGGCACACAGGCAUUCAAUGGAAUGUAUUGUAUUGUCUAACGACUGUUUGCACCCAGUUCUCAUACGGUGUUUCCCAUGUUUUUCGUCACAUCUCUAGGUAAGUGAUAAAUAUGAGCUGCCGCUUGGAAAAAUGGGGAAAGUCUACAAGAGGUGCAAAAAAGGGUAAGACCGGUGUCACUGCUCAUGAUCUAGGUCACUGCAAAUAAAGUUUGUCCCAAAUGGCACCCUAUUCUCUAUAUAGUGCACUACUUUUGACCAGCGCCAUAAGGCUCUGUCAGAAGUAGUGCACUAUACAGGAAAUAUGGUGCCAUUUGGGACGCAUAAAAGUAGAUAAUCUAUAACAUGUUUAUAGAUGUUAUUGUCUCCCGAGUGGCGCAGUGGUCUAAGGCACUGCAUCGCAGUGCUAGCUGUGCCACUAGAGAUCCUGGUUCGAAUCCAGGCUCGUCCAGGGUAGGGGAGGGAAUGGCCGGCAGGGAUGUAGCUCAGUAGAUAGAGCAUGGCGUUUGCAACGCCUGGGUUGUGGGUUCGUUUCCCACAGGGGGUAUGAAAAAAAAAUAUAUAUAUAUAUGUAUGCACUAACUGUAAGUCGCUCUGGAUAAGAGCGUCUGCUAAAUGACUAAAAUGUAAAAUGUAAAAAUAUAGAGUAAACUCCACUUUGAAAGAAGUAAAUCACUUCUACUGUCUUAUCUGUAGGAUCCUAGUUCAUAUGGACGACAACAUCAUCAAGCAUUACUCCAACGAGGAUGCCUUCCACAUCCGCAUGGAGGAGGUGGGGGGGAAGGUCCUGCUGACACUGACCGAGAUCUGAGCUCCGAGCCUGGACAGGGGUGUAUACAUUAGGGCACGCAACGUUUCAAAACGUUUCGCAACGGAAAAUUAGAAUUUCUUAUUGGACCAGUCCAGGUUAUUGGACCUCCCUGUUUUAGUAUUUUUUCUUCUGUUUGGUGCCUAGUGAAUAUGAAUACGACCCUGGUCAGGGGGAGUGGAGUUUGUUGUUAGGGGCCUCCUGGGUGAGGCCCUUGGAGGUGGAACACUUGGAGGGGUAUGAGGAGGGGCCCAGAACAGUAGGAUUAGUCACCUGUUUACACAACUGUAACAUACUUCUACAAGUAAAAGUAGAUAUUUCUACAAGUAAAAGUAGAUAUUUUCAUGAGUUCUGCCUUUCUGCUGCACCAGUGCCUACGAGGCCAUUUUCUGGUGUGGUUGGUUGCGCAACAUUGCUACCUCGCUCGCUGGCUGGCAAGAUUUUUGUUGUUGUAUUUUCACGUAAAAUGUGACUGAUUGAUUCACUGUAUCUAUGUUAAAAGUUGAAAUUAUGUUGAGGAACAUUUGGAAACAAUAUUGUGUAAUGGCCAAUGAUAUUUUCCUUCCUUAAAAUUAGACUUUUUGUACUACUACUUUACAGUAUAUGUAUCUGUGAACGAAUGAUUUUCCAGACGAGAUGUUGUUUAGAAUGUCAGUGUUCAUAUAAGUUCAUAUUAUGUAUUCUUUUCUAAGAUAUGCAGUGGUCAGUUUAAGAAAUGGACUUGUAAAACAUGAUGCGGUGAGCGGUUAGGGCUAUUUCUGUCUGAGUACUUACUUUUAUCAUUCUUUUUCAGAAUUCUUGGAGGUGAUAUGUUUUUUAAAUUUUUUAUGUUUACAUCAUGAAAAAAGUUAUAUAAUAAUGAAUUCAAUAAUAUAUGUAUUUAUAUUUACAUUUUGUGCCAAGUAUGGUGUGUGUAUCUGAAUCUAGAUAUAUAGGCGUCAGCACCAUAUUUUGUGAUGACAGAAUGUGAAUAUUUCUUUGCAACAGGAAAUUGGGGUGGGGGUCAGGAAGUGUGUGUUAGUGUUUCAAAACCUUGUCUUUCAUGCAAGAACUGAAAUCAGUCCUGUAAACAGAUGCUUACCUACAGUGGUUAUUAAAUUUGUUAAAGUCAUUCUUCAGACUAAGCAUUUCUUUGCACAUUGUGUUUUUGUAGGGGAACUUAGCUCAACUGCAUCAAUGAGGCAUGAAGCAGAGAAUGUGCAGAUUUGGUGAUUAGGCUCUGGUCAAAAGUAGUGCACUAUAUAGGAAAUAGGGUACCAUUUGGGAUGCAACCGUAGUGUCCCUCUGCCAAGUUGAGUUUUAUGUAAAUAGAACCACAUCAGAGAGUGUGUUUUAUAGCCCUUUAGGUUGAGUUAGAAAAAUAAUAUAGAGUCUGAGAACCAUCUUUCUCACAGCUCUUUUAGUCCUGUCCUGAACAUCAUCCAGUCAGGCUGUCCCAUGCUACUUAUUUCAGAAACACCUAGGCCCGUACACAUUAAGUUGUACACUUUUGGCACAACGGUUGUGAUACAACGGAGAGAUAUUUGUUAUAAAAAUAAUUACAAAAGUGCUGUAGAGGCACAGUGGAAUGGUUGUGUAAUAAUUUUUGCGCAGACAAAGUCUAUUGCAACCAUACUCAACAGGCGGACCGCGGUCCGGAUCCGGACCCAGAACAGUGUCAAUAUGGACCACGGGUCCCGACUUUAUUUUUGUUAUAUUUUUUUAUUUUUUGGGAAAUCAGUCUUGCUUUUAACUUACUGCUGUUGAGAGUUGUAAUAGUAGAAGGCAGUUUUCCUCUUAGAGAGCUUUGUAUAACCUGUCAGCAGAGAUGGGCAGUAUUUCUGUUACAUGUAUUUGAAAUAUGUAUUGCAAUUACUUCUGAGUAUUCUGUAAUUUGUAUUACACUGGGUUGAACUACACUCCAAUGUAUUUUGUAACAAGAUACUUCCGAGAGCUGUAAUUUGUAUUUUCAAUACCAUUUUUUAUAGCGGUUCACAAUUUUGUGGCCCCCUCUCACCCUGCAUUGGUAUCAGAAGUCUGAUGGCACUAUGGUGUGAUAAGAGCAUCUUAUAAAUUAAUGAAAUAUAAUUGUACAUGUAAAAAUUGACAAUUGCAAAGCAUGCUGAGUAUUAUUCUAAUGAGCUCCGCCUGACAUAAGGCCAAUAAUAAUACCCAGUGUGCUUUGCAGUUCAUUUUGGUAUGUUCAUUUUCGUAUUUACGUUUUCGUCAUUUAGCAGACACUCUUAUCCAGAGUGACUUACAGUCAGUGCAUUCAACUAAGGUAGAUAAACAACAACAUAUCACAGUUACAGUAAGUAAAACGUUUCUGUAACUGUUACUGAGAAGGUUGACAUGGCAAAAUGUGUAGAAUUGUAGGAAAUUAGCUUUAAAACUGCAACAUUUUCUCUCCACCCCAUGCCAAAAUGUGUAGAAUUGCAGGAAAGACUCUUUAAAACUGCAAAACUUUCUCUCCGCCUACAAGAGGGGUGUUAACAGUUUGGGCUUACCUGCGUUGCGAGGUGGGGGUUUGUUAAUACGCCAAUAAAUAACAAUAUCCAUCCGGACCUUCUCAAAUAGUAGUUGAGUAACCCUGGUUUAUUGUAUCACAUAAAUAUCAGUUGUAUCAGUCACAACCAUUGUGUGAAGUACAUUGUACAGCUCGCCAUAUGAUGAGCCUGAGGACCAGGAUGUACUGUAGGCCUAGGCUAUGUGCUGAGAGUGGUAAACUACAGGUGAGCGAGGUAGCCUUGUCUGGUACCUACUUUUGACCAGGGUCCAUAGGCAAUAAUGUGCCAAAUGGGACACAUCCCUUCUCCUUGUGUAGUCUGAGCCAGUCUCUGCCCUCUCUUCACCCCACCCCAGGGCCGUGGGCUACAUUCAUCCCAGUGUGUUUUAGCAAGGCCUUGUAGGUCUCUACUCGGGCCCAACUCUCCUGACUGUGUGGCUUGUUAGCUGCAUGGUCUAACUGGCAGUCAGAGUGCUGCCUGCCUGCAUGCCUCAGCUAACGCGAAAGAGCAUGUGAGGGUGUGAGAGACAUCCCACUGGGCAAGAACUGGUUGAAAAUAAUCAAUGUGAUGAUUGAAUCACUGUGGAAACUGAUUGGAUUUAAAAAAAGUCAUCAACGUAAGUAAAUCUAGUAUUUUACAUUGAACCUAAAUCCAAUGAAAUUGUGAAUUUUUUUGUUGAAUUUGCAUUAGUUGACAACUCAACCAAAUGUAAAUCAAAACUUGAUGUUGAAAUGACGUCUGUGCCCAGUGGGAUGCUUGGAGUGCUGAGUAAUUGUUUGGUGUGGUUAAACUCUGAACCAAAGAGAUAUUUAGCCUCAGGGGUCAACAGAGAAGCAUUCUUUUCUCCCACAUACACUUCCACUAACUAAGGGAGUUUGGGGUGAGAGGGACUGUGGACAGUACGCAAUACAGCAAGCAUGUUACAUCUCAGUGCUUGAUUCAAGCCCUCCCUUUUUUUGGUGGCCAACAUUCCAGAACCCCACCGACCACAACACACUCCCCUCUGUUAGUUAGGUACGCUGAAGUGGUGCUCAUUUUCCUGUGUGUGUGUGUUUGUGUGUGUGUGUGAGUUCCUCCUUGGU